CCUGUUAGGUAGAUUGGAACAAUCCGAAUAAGAUACCGUAAGAUGGUCUAUACUGCAGUCUUUGGAUCCAGAUGUUAUCCUGCGAUUGCGUGAGUGCUUCAGACAAGGGUCAUUGCUCUGCACCGGCGUGUUUCCGAUGAAAACAGCCAUCAGGUAUCUUAAUACGCAUCGCAAGAAAUAAGCAUACCCCUGCCGGAGUGAGACCGCGACCCGAUUGCUCCAUCGCGAGGCUGAGGCGGGGUGGGGAGAACGCUGCGAGCCUCCGACGAACCUCUUCUUUCUAUCGCCGAAAAUGGUGCGCUGGCUGCUGGUGGUGCCGGCUCUGGUAGCUGUCCUCCUCGCGGUGCUUAAAGGCGGCGCCUUUGUGGUGGCGGAAGGGGAGGCGACGUGCUCUGGGAUAGUGCCGAUGAAGAGCCGGGAGAAGAUGGUGUCGAUCGCUGACUUCGGAGGGGUUGGGGAUGGGAAAACGCUCAACACGGCGGCCUUCGAGAGCGCCAUCUCCCAUAUUGUGCAGCAGAAUGCGCCCGGUGGAACCCAUCUCCAUAUCCCUGCUGGGGUAUGGCUCACCGGAGCCUUCAACCUCACCAGCCACAUGACGCUCUUCCUCGCCAAGGAUGCCGUCAUCAAGGCCACCCAGGAUACUUCGAAUUGGCCACUGAUUGAUCCUUUACCAUCAUAUGGAAGAGGACGAGAGCUACCAGGUGGGAGAUAUAUGAGUUUGAUCCAUGGCAAUGGGCUUCGGGACGUGAUAAUCACAGGUGAGAACGGAACAAUCGAUGGGCAAGGUGAUAUGUGGUGGAAUAUGUGGAGACAGAAAACUCUGCGCUUUACGAGACCAAAUCUCCUGGAGCUUAUGCAUUCUACAGAUGUCAUCAUAUCUAAUGUGGUUUUCCAAGACUCCCCUUUCUGGAACAUUCACCCUGUCUAUUGCAGCAAUGUGGUGGUGAAAAACGUGACCAUCUUGGCUCCGUAUGAUUCUCCUAACACCGAUGGAGUUGAUCCAGAUUCGAGCAUGAAUGUCUGUAUCGAGGAUUGCUACAUUUCAACAGGGGAUGACUUGGUGGCUGUGAAGAGUGGUUGGGAUGAGUACGGCAUUGCUUAUGCUCGUCCUAGCUCUGGAAUAACUGUUCGGCGAGUAACAGGCUCUAACCAAUUUGCUGGAAUCGCUAUAGGGAGUGAAACUUCUGGUGGAAUAGAGAAUGUGUUUGCGGAGAACUUGGAUAUAUUCGACUCCGGCAUUGGGAUCCAUAUAAAGACCAAUUCCGGCCGGGGAGGGUUCAUCAGAAACAUAACCAUUUCAGAUGUGAAUCUGAACAAUGUUCGCAAGGCAUUAAAGAUCUCAGGAAAGGCAGGAGACCACCCGGACGAUGGAUACGAUCCGAAUGCUCUUCCGGUUGUUGAUGGGUUGACGAUCAAGAAUGUGUGGGGUGUCGGUGUCCGGCAACCUGGUUCGAUACAGGGUAUCAAGGACUCUCCCUUCACUCAUAUUUGCCUCUCCAAUGUGACUCUCAAAGUCAAUUCGUCCCGAGAAGUGCCAUGGACAUGUGCCGAUGUGAGCGGUGGCGCUCUCGAGGUGCAGCCAUCGCCUUGCGCGGAGUUGACGAGUGUGAAUGGCGUUAGAUUUUGUACUAAUGCCCUCUGAUGUCCCCAUUUGUUUGUCAAAUAUUCAUUCAUUGUAGGGACAUGUUUUGACCUGUUGACAAAUGAGAAUAAAACAUUUGUGCUUCGAGAUCUCAUGAUAAUAGUGGUUGACA